AUGGAGUCCCUCCCCGUAGAGCUGGUGCGCCUUAUCUACGAGUCUUGUGAUCUGCCUAGUGUCAAGAACCUCCGCCUCAUGUCCUCGUUCUUUGCGGAGAUCGGCCUUGAGUACUUGAUGCAGUCCAAGAUCAACGUCGUCAGCUGGAGGGACGACGUCGCCAGGCUGCACUCCAUCGCAACCCACCAGCGCCUGAGGAGUGCCAUCCAGUCUCUCACUAUCAACUUCGCCGAUGUCGACGAGUACAACGCUCGCCACGCCUCCUUCUUCCAGCACUACCUCGAGGACCCCGAGGAGCGCAAUGAGCGUCUGCAAGCCGCCUGGCUGGCCUACUGGGAGGCAAAGCAGCAACGCCUGACCGUCCCGGCCUUUGACAGCCGCCCGGACAUGGUCCUGGAGGCUUUCCGGAACCUGCCAAAUCUACGCGAUCUCGAUGUCACCUUCACCAGGUGUCCCUUCGACAUUGAUGUGCUGGACCAGGUCUUCCAGGGCCUGCCUAGCUGCCGGAAGAUGGACCGGGACCACGCCGCCAAGAACCUCGCUCUCAUCGCAUCUGCCCUCAAGGAGACAAACCUGUCCUCCCUGACCAUCGACCGCUUCCCGCUGGAGACGCUGAGGCUGCCCGAUGAGAGGAGGCACUGGUUCGACUGCGUCUCGACCUCGUUCGCCAAGCUGACCACGCUGAACAUCACCGUCGACCCCUCCACGCUGAAGCUGCCGAAUCAGAGGUUCAAGGCCAUCAAGGGCUUGGGCCACAUCCUGCGCUGCGCUACCAAUGUCACCCACCUCACCCUGGCCUUCCACACCUACGGCAUGCCCAAACACAAGUUCAUCAUUUGGUUCGACACGCUGCUCGAGGGCUUCACCUACGAGAAGCUCACCGACCUCAAGCUGGAGGGCAUAUCCUGCGACGAGGAGGACCUGCGCGGCUUCAUCCUGCGGCACGCCAACACGCUCGAGCGCCUCCGCCUCGGCGGCCGUGGUCUCGCCAAGGUUCACGAGGGCGGCCUGGGCGGCAUCCACCUCUGCCGCGGCACCUUCAGAGGCCUGUUCGUCGGCCUGCGGAACCGCCUGCCGAAGCUGGAGCGCAUCCACCUGGAGGGGGACUUCGAAUGUGUGGGCGUCGAGAGGUCCUCCAACGAGGCCUACAGCUUCCACGGCGUCACCAACGACAACUGGGAGGACAUGCCGGGCGACUGGCGGCCAGGUCGCGCCGUGUCGUCGACAGGCAGGACCACCAGGGACUGCCUCGACUUCGAGCGGUACCUUCUCCAGGGAGGGAGAUACCCCGGCUCCGCGGCCGUGUCCCCUGCUGUCGUGGCCCCCGCGCAGUAG